UUUAAGCCAUGUGUUUCAUGUUUUGUGUCUCUAUACACUCGUAUUGCUGCUGUUCACCUUUCAUGUAAUCAUAGAUACCCUAUACAUAUAUAUUGAAACUCCAUUUUGUGACAUAUGAUAUUGGAUCAUAAUGAGAAAGCGUCAAAAGAGAGUGCGGAAGCUGAUCAGUUUCUACAAGAACAAUUUUGGACUGAAAACUCCUUACAAUGUCUUAGUUGAUGGGACAUUCUGUAAAUCAGCCCUGGCAUUCAAGGUCAACAUAAAUGACCAGAUGCCCCGUUACUUGGAGGGAGAGGUCAACAUAGUAACAACUGAGUGUGUUAAGGAAGAGUGUGCAGCGUUUGGUACCCUUCUGUAUGGUCCCCUAAAGAUUCUACGACAGUUUGAUGUCCAGCAUUGUAAGCAUAAGAAGCCAGUUAAGGCAGCGAGAUGUAUGACGUCGGUAGUGAAGAAUAGUCGGGACAAACAACUCAUGAUUGCUACUCAGGAUCACGAAUUGAGAGAAGAGUUGAGAGAGAAACAUCCUGGUGUGCCCCUAUUGUUCGUGGCCUAUAAUGCUAUCAACAUGGAAUCUCCCACAGAACUCUCCAAAGGAACGGCAGACAAGGAAUUACAGGCUCGUAUGGCUCCUUCAGAGCAUCAAAUGGAGGUUUUGAAAAAACUUAAAGUACAAGCAUUUGGCGAGGAACCUGUGAAGAAAAAAUUCAAAAGAAAAGGACCCAAGGGGCCAAACCCUUUGUCAUGUCAGAAAUCAAAGAAAGGAGAAAAGACAAAAGCUAAAAAAGCUAAAAAAACAUUUUUAGAAAAUGCUGUAAAUAAAAGGAAACGAAGAAAAACGAAUCGUGUGAAGACGUCAGAUAAUUCUGCUCUUGGUGAUCAGUUGAAAGCUGCUGUUAAAAGCUGAAUGAAAUGCUUACAUUAUUGUUGUUGAUAUAAAAAGUAAUUUGACUAUCAUAAUAUCUUUUUUAUUAUUUUUAAUUGUUAAUGCAGUACUGUCAAAUGCAUAAAUCUACUUUGAAAAAGAAUAUUUUUUGCAUCAGAGUAUUACAACCAUGUGCACUUGACUUGUACAAAUUUAGUGAUAAAGUGAUAUAAAGCGAAAAUGAUAUCAAAACAAGUGAUAAUAAGAGAAUUGAAUUACAUAGAUUAUAUAGCAGGAAAAACGGGGCAUCAAGAAAACAUGAUAAUAACCGAAAAGCGACA